AUGGCAUCAUUCAUCAUAUAUGGCGCAACAGGUUACUCUGGCCAAUUGGCUAGCGAGUAUGCAAAGAGUCUCAACCUCGACUUCUCAAUUGCUGGCAGGACAGAGCAUAAACUUAAGAGCCUAGCAUCCCUACUCGACGUCUCUUAUUCGGUUUUUGAUAUCAACCAAGUUGCUUUAACCGAUUCGGUAUUAAAAGAAGCUUCCGUUCUUCUCAAUUGUGCCGGUCCUUUUGUGCACACAUCGAAGCCGCUUAUCGAAGCAUGCAUUCGGAAUAAAGUGCAUUACCUUGAUAUCGCAGCAGAAUUAGACAGUUAUCAAUAUGCGCAGGAGCUUGACAAAGAGGCAAGAGAUGCCAACGUUAUGCUUAUGCCCGGAUGUGGAGGGAGCGUCGUGAUGUUGGGCUGUCUUGCUAGUCAUGUUGUCGAGAAGGAGAAAGUCAAAACCCCGAUCAAAAUUGAAAUUGCCUUGCGCGUCGCUGGGUCAAUAUCACGCGGGUCAGCGAAAAGUGCGGCAGAGAGUAUAACAAGCCAGUGUCUUCAGCUUGUUGACGGGUCAUUGGUUGGACAGGAUGUAAGCAACACGGCCGAAUUCGAUUUUGAUGAUGGCAAUGGAUAUGUUACGUCCUUUCCAGUGACAUUGCCCGAUCUCCUCACCAUACAGAAAUCUACAAAUGUGCUCAACAUCGCAACAUAUGUGAAUAUCUCUGAUGCGAACUUUCCAACUGGAGAUCUUGCUUUGCUGCCGGAAGGUCCAACGGCCGCGGAGAGGAAGACUACACCAUAUCAUGCAGCAGUCAGUGUCACAUCUGAACACGGGGUUAUCCGGAGAGCCGCUCUUCACACAAUGAAUGGCUAUACCUUCACUUCAAUGGCAUCAGUGCAAGCUGCCAAGCGAGUGAUGGAUCAUCAGGCUAUACCAGGCUUUCAGACACCUGUUGAAGUGUUCGGGAAGGAGUUUGUUCUCACUAUACCAGGCUCCAAGAUCGUAGAUCUCUAA